UUCAACCUUUAACCUCUUGUGGACGACAGCGUCCCACUCCCCUUCUAUGACACGCGCUCAGGAGCUGAGCGCAGGUCACAGCUGGGUGGUCCUGGCGGCUAUCUGCCACCAGGACCCAUCUCUAAUGCCAGACAUCACCGAUCACGGUGAUGCCCGGCUUUAACCCCUUAGACUUGAUUGUAGCGUCUAAAAUGCAAGUAAAAAUGUCCCGGCAGCUCUGUGAAACUGGAACCGCUGCAAAAAUGAGCAAACUUUUUUUCUGGUUCUUUAUGGCAACUCUACUUAUCCUUGUUGUCAUGAGGUUCUCCUAUAUUUACCACUCCAAGCUGGACAUUAACAUGUUUAUGACCGCGAUUAGAGAACGGACUUUGAAGAACAUUAUGGAAGACAAACCUCCCAGAAAGGAGUUAGAGCCAGUAAUAAGCAAACCCAAACCACUGACGGGUAUGUGGACUGUCAAUGCCAUUGGACGUUUGGGCAACUUAAUGGGCGAGUAUGCAACACUAUAUGCCCUUGCUAAGAUGAAUGGCCACCAAGCUUACAUUGAGCCAAAUAUGCACAACCAGCUGUCAAAGAUCUUUAAGAUUAGAUUACCUGUGCUUCACCAAGAUGUCAUAAACCGCAUCAAAUGGAGAUGUUUUGGACUACACGACUGGAUGUCUGAUGAGUACAGACACAUUGAAGGGGAAUAUAUCAGCCUUGGAGGUUACCCGUGUUCAUUUACUUUCUACCACCAUAUAAGAGAUGAGAUUCUUCGAGAAUUUACUUUCCAUGAUUUUAUUAAAGAGGAGUCUAACGCUUAUCUUGAAAAAAUUCGAGGAGACAAGAAGAACGUCACCUUUGUCGGGGUUCACGUUCGGAGGGGAGACUAUGUGUAUGUUAUGCCAAACUCCUGGAAAGGGGUGAUUGCUGAUAAAGGUUACUUGCAAAAAGCCACGGACUACUUCAGAAAUAAGUAUGAGAACCCUCUCUUUGUGGUCACCAGUAAUGGGAUGGAUUGGUGUAAAGAGAAUAUAGACAAUUCAUUGGGUGAUGUCCACUUCGCUGGAGAUGGACAGGAGGGCUCGCCUGCUCGGGAUUUUGCAUUGCUGGCACAUUGUAACCACACCAUCAUGACCAUAGGAACGUUUGGUAUUUGGGUGGGUUACUUGGUAGGAGGAGAAACAGUCUACUUAACCAACUACACUUUACCUGACUCGCCCUUCCUUAGACUUUUUAAGUAUGAAGCUGCUUUUCUUCCAGAAUGGAUCGGGAUUCCGGCGGACCUUUCACCACUUCUUAAUAAGACCAAUCCUAAAUAAGUGCUCACCUAGUUGUCAGUAAGGCCGUUAGGACAAUCUUUAUUAGGAGAAAAAUUAUGAGGUGCUUUAAAAGGUAAAAAUACCGUUCACAACAGAAAGUAAAAUAAUACCUUCAAGCACAUUGAUUCAAAACCCUGGUGCUGGAGCAAAUUUCAAUAACAUUUAAUACCAGUAUAAGGCUAUGUUUACAUUUGUGUCCGAAAAGAAUAUUACCAUUUUGCAGGUUAUUGCUGUGGGUUAUUGCACAUUUUUUAAAUAAUUUCUUUCACUUAUAAGCCAUGUUUACACACUAGUUGUUAUUUUAUUUUUCUUACAGUGAACACGACCACAAAUAAUUUUAACAACUGUAAGGAAUUACAACUCAUUGGGGAGAUUUAUCAAAACCUGUCCAAAGGAAAAGUUGCCCAGCUGCCCAUAGCAACCAAUUUUUAACAAGGCCCCUGUAAAAUGAAAGAAGGGAUCUGAUUGGUUGCUAUAGGCAACUGGACAACUUUUUCUUUACACAGAUUUUGAUAAAUCGCUUGUUUUACACAGUGUAAACAUAGCCUUAGUAGGUAUAUAAAAAAAAAGAGAGUAGACGCCCAAUUGAAAUAAAUAAAUGUAAGAAUAUUUUUGAUAAUCUUACAAAAUCCCAACAUUUUACAUUCAGUGUUUCCUCUUUAACAAUAUUAU